UGGUUGCACCGGGAUGAUGCACGCCUAUGACGCGGUUUGCUUUUCUAAAGGAGCGAAUUGAUCAUCGGCCAAACCCGCACAAUGUGGACCAUGUAAAUUCAAAUGGCAGGGUUAUUUGCUGGCUCAGCGUGGAUAAAAAGCAUUACGAGCCAGUAGCUGCAUCUAGAUGCUCAAAAUCAAUGCUGUCUGAGCUGAUUCGAUACUCGAUGCGCUGUCAAACUAAUAGCACGAAAGUAUGAACUUGGGACAGUGUUUUAUGAAGAAACUCCAGGCUGGGAUGGAAUACAGUGGUCUCCUUGGUGUCGAGACAGUCGUUUCAUCGGAUACCGAAACGAACGGCUUCAAAAAAACAUUCCAUCUGGAUUACGUAACUCAGCGACUUCCUGGCGAAUAGGGUGUUCGAGUUACCUAUGCGAUCGAAAUCGUUUUCGUCCAAUUCGCCCGAGGGAAAUACCGAGGGAAUCGUGAAGGAGGCUCGGACGGGUGCAGAAACUGCGACUUCAUUCAAUAAUCUGCUGUCUGAAUAUGUACAAAGCACCAGCGUUCAGCCGCAAGUCUGUGCCAGUAAUGUUGGUGAUGGAAGUAUCCUUCUGAAAGCCACCAUUAGCCCUUUUCCUCCGCUUACCAGUCUGGUAACCGAGGAGGACUGGCUGAAGAUUGUGCAGAAGGUGAAGAACAUCAUGCACAUGCGUUCUCGUGCCGACGAUUCUAUGCCGCAGAACUCAGUCACGGAAGGUAGUUCGAAGACUCCUCCUUCGGAUAGUGGUACCAACAAUCUUGUCGAUCCCAUUAAGGAGUCACCUCCAGCGUCACCAGAGAGGUGGUCAUUUUCUCCAACCGAUGCUUCAUCUCCAUCGUCAUCGAGAUGUGAAGCGAAAAAUGCAACGGGUCGACGCCCGCUGAAAGUACGCUUUCAUCGUCUCGCUGAUGAUGAAUAUGAAGUAGUUGAAAAUGCCACGGCCACAUGCUCCGAAACAUCUGAAAGUACUAGUAGGCUCUCACAAAGGAGGAUCUCCGAAGCGAAUGAGUCGACGGACAGGAAGGUUCAUAAAAAGACCAAGAAGACCAAGAAGCGUCGUGUAUCGCAUGAAUCCAGCAACGUUGCUUACAUGAUUGAUGAAAGCCAUCUUGUUGAGAAUCGAAACCCAAGUAGCGGCUCGUCGAGUUUUGUUAACGGGAAUGGAAGUGAACUUGCUACUAAUGGAGAUGUGCAUGUUGAAGAUCUCAACUGCUCACUUUCAAAAACGGAGAAGGUUGAAAACAGUAUGAAUGCUAUGGCAACUUGGCCGAGUAGAAGUGUCGAAACAUAUGGUAGGGGUGACGGAAAAGUGGAGGCUUUUGUGACUCAUCAUAUCUGGAAAAAAAAGCAAAGGCGCGGCGAACCCGUGGUGAAAACAUCGUAUGUGAGGCGCCAAGGCACUCCAGUAUCUUGUACCGUAUACUUGAGAAGCGCGUGUAAAUCAUCCUGUCCGAGUGCGGUUAAGCAUAGUGCUGUUGUUCCUCGUCGUAAUUUCGAGAGGGAUCGUGCUAGCUACUCUGCCCCUCCAGACUCCUCUAUUCGCCUCUACGAUCGUGUUCGAGCAACUAAAAGUGCUUCACCACAAAGAGUCCGCCAAAGCCGCUACUGGCCGGUGUAUGACGAUGAUGACAAAAUUCUACUUUCUCCUUUCAUGCAUACCAGGUCGAAAGAUCCAAGUGGGCCUUUGGUGAAUGGACUAUGCAUCGUCAAAAAAGAGGAAGAGAGUAGUGAUGAGCCAUACUUUCAAGCAAUAAUGCCUUCGGUGGUCGAGAAUAGGGAGAAGUUGCAGCAAGCCCCAAUAAAGGUUAUCAAGACCGAAUGUGAGGAUAGUGACUACAGCACAUUUCACAACUCCGUUUCCUCCAACGAUAUUGGCAAAGGUGAUCAUGAGCAAACGGCAAGACUGGCACGUCGACGAUCGUCACAGAGCCGGCCAAAAAAGGUGCGUCCACGUGCAGGAAGACGUACUGGUGAGCGCGUCGCUUCAGACGAAGAGAUUCCUCCUGAUGCUCGCACAUCCGAUUCAACGUCACCUUCUAAUUUGCCUGUAAGUGCGGAGCCAAAGGUGUUAUCUUCGCAGUACGCUCGUGAGCACCUUGAGAAUCAAGAUGAAACGGAUGACUUGCCAUUGUUUGAUGAUAACGUCGACAUCCCCAGCGAGCAUCUAUCCGCUGAUACCGAUAACAGCUCUGCUAAUGACGGCUUAUGCAUUGCUGAAGACGAACCACUUUUCAACAAGAACGAAGCUUCGUCUGUUGAACCGAAGGAGUGUGGUGAUGCUCGAGUUUCCAAAGGAGGAAAGUGUGAAAUAAAGAUCAAAUCUGAGCCCGUGGCGUAUGAAGAGGAUCAGUCACUUGCGGUCCAAGUUUAUCGCGCGGAUGAUGCUGCAAGAGAAGCAGUGAACGAGAACGGAGAUGAAUCUUCACCAGCUGAUGAACAAAGAGGGGUACCGAAUCAGCCAGUGGACCCGAACACGAGUUACAGAUAUGCAUUGCGUUAUAUAGCACUGGUUACUGAGGUGAAUACGCACUGAUUGUUUUAGGUAUAAGAUGUGGUCGAAUGCUUACAAGACUUUUCGCAUGGAGCCGUUCAUGAUAUCUCCCGAUGGCGCAAAGGUGCCUCAUUUUGUUCACUAUUCUAAGCGAGCUGUCAGGGAUGUGCGAUACCUGACCAGAGAUGAUAAGUGCUUUGUGAAGCUCGGUGUCAAGUACGAAGUUGCUGUUGCGAAUCCGCCUAAGGAACCUAAUGAACGUAACUGGAAGGAAAUUUUUGUGGGUGAUGUGCUCUGGGUGCGCUGGAGGAAGAAUGAGUAUUGGCCUGCAACCGUUUAUAGCAUCUCAGACACUGCACCUGUGAAGGUUACUGUGCUAUGGAUCAACGACAAGACUCAAAGUACGGUCGAUUACACUCAAGUGGACUCCUUUGACAUGGCUUUUCAUUUUAGAUAUGAUGCUCGCCGCAGUGAUCCAAAAUACGUGAAAGCAGUAGCGAGAGCUCUUCGACUGAUGGGCAAAAUGGGUUUUUGGGAAUGUCACAUCACUGCAAAAGUUUACGAUGAAAUCGUUAAAGAAGAGGGAGAGUCGUUCUGUCGUCACAUUCUUCCCGAAGAGUUGAGAAAAAUCAAGGAGAAGUCCAAAGUGCCAAAACUGGCGAAGGAAACGAAGAAAGAGGACUUGACGAAGUUGCAGAGAAGUGAGGAACUCCUGCAAGCUCUUCAGGCUGCUCAUUUCAUCGACAACUACCAUCGUUCACCUGUAGUCGGUAACGCUCUUCCGUUGACACAGCAGAUAGUUGACGAUUAUCAGGGAAGCAAGGAGUACGCUAAAGGAAACCUGGAUCCCUUAUUUGAACGCGGUACCAAGUUGUCUUUUGAUGAAGACGUCAAGGUAUUCAGCAUUGAUACGGAGGUCAUGGGAUCGAACGAGAUCGUGCAGUGGGAUGGUGAUAACGGAGUGGCUGAACCCUAUGAGGCGAGAGACGCUUUCGCGUGUAAUGAUGCUCAGACUGAUGAUGGCGAAGCCGCCAUAUCUAACGCAAAUGAUUUUGUUGGCGAGACAAAAGAAGAGUGUCCUCAGCCGUUUUCGGAGAUAGAUGCUCUUCGUCUGACGAAUCCGGAGAAGUUGCCGCCGAAGAAAAGGCAUGGAAUUCGCUCGGUCACGCCGAAGCCGAUGCUGAAGAAGAAGCGCCUGUGAAUGGUUGCCUGUAAUUACUGCCCAAGACCUGUCAAUUGGAGAGAUUGUGCCUUGUGAAUAAAGCUAAGCUACAUCACUAAGUUAGGUACAAAGCAUUUCAAAUGUUAUCGCUUUUUCGCUGUCCUAAAUAAAUUUUAGGUGGUAUUUGGACUAGCAACAUGAUCUUAUUAUGUACGAGUAUCGUUUUGUUCAAAUUAUUCUAUCCAAAUGUACCGGUCUUUUUUUUGUGUCGUUGUUGUUUACACCAUUUUGUCUCGUAUUGUCUUUGCGCCUGCCUUUCUUUCGUAAUAAUAUUCGCCUCAAUGUGUCUGUAAUAAUCUAUAGCCAUAAAGUGUCGUAGCUAUUGUCGAGAUUUUUUUUUUGGUUUGGUGUAUGUUAGCCAUUGAUCGGUUUUCUCUGUUCAUUUGCUUUGGUCACUUUGUGACAUUUUUUCCUCAAAGGUAUUCAAGAUCUCCAUAGAAUUGAUUUAGUUGUCACUUUUCUUGGUGAUGUAGCGAUCAUGUAUGUUCAUUGUGCUCCAU